UAGAGGUCCAAACGAUUGAUUCAACGAUUCAGUCAAUUUGUUCUAAAUUUGCACUGUACAAUAAUGUAUACCGAGAAGGAAAUUGUAAUAACAUUUUAAAUUGAUAUUUGGAGGACAGUUUGAUUGCUUAUUUUUAAGUUAGUACUGGUAGCAUAGCCUGACUGAAUUGUGAAUCGACUCUCUUUGUCAAUCGACUCAGCCGGAAUAAUCAAGAUGGCGAACAUGGACGUGUUAGCCAAAACAAUAGCAAAGGAUUAUGUAGAUGAUGUGGAGAGCUCUGACAGUGUGGAUGAAAGUGAAUAUGUACCUGGUGAAGAUGGAGCUAGAAAAGCAGAUAACAUGGACAUUGCCAGGGUGGAAAUACACAAGAGAAGAAAACACAAACAUCGGAGCAAGCACAGAAAACAUAAAUGUCCCUCAGCAGAUGACAGGGACCACAAGCACAAGUACAAACGCAAACAUAAGCGGAAACACAGAGACUCACUCCGGGAUGAUCAAGACUGUUCUGCUGGCUAUGAAGGUGCAGUCAUCUCUCCAAAGCGAUCCAGACUUGAUGACCUUGCUGCUCUGGAGUAUCUGGAGAAACAAAAGGCCAUGAUUCAAGCAGAGCUUGAUAAUGAGCUGAUGGAAGGGGCUGUGCAAUCAGGUAUGGGACUGAUAUUACAGGGUUAUAACUCCGAUUCAGAGGAGGAUGAGGAGAUCCAGCAAGCUGUGCGAAAUGGUGAGCAGAGAGAAGAUUUUGAUGAGCAAGUAAUAGCGAUGGGACAUAUUGGAAGAUCUCGACAGGAUUACAUAGAUGAUGAAAAAAUUGAUCCCUGGCUGGAAGACAGAAGCAUGUCUGACGAGAUGGCAGUUCGGGCCCAUAAAUCAGAAAAAAGAGUAAGUAAGAAUGGGUUAGAUGUUAACAUCAGUGAGAAACCUUGUAGUCCCAUCCAAGCAAGGGAGUGGAGACGAUCCCGAAGCAAUGAGAGAUCCAAAGACAGUGGUCAGAGGUCUAAAUCUCCUGUGAAGUCCAAGGGAUUGCCACCAAGCAACAGAAAAUCAACUACACGGCCUGAAGUGCAAAUUGAAGACCACAGAUCCUCAGAAAGAAGGAGCAAGUCAAGGUCUAAAGAAAGAAACACAAGCUUGCCAGAAUCUGACAGAGAGAGAGACAAAAAAUCUGUUAAUGCACCCUCAAAAGAAGCAUCAUCUGGAAAAGAGAAUCAAUCUCCUAGCAGAAAACAAGGUCCAGAACAGCACAGUCUAUCUGUUCGGCCUAGGGGCCACCGCUCACCUGAACGCUUCCCUGUUGUUCAGAGCACAGACAGGGCAUCCAGACAGGACAAAUCUUCAUGUCACAACAGACCCCCUCCAAGGAGAGGCCCAUCUCAGUCUUUUGAGAGGAGACGGAGAGAAGAACGACAGAGAUUCUCCAAUGAUAGGAUGCGAUCUCGUGAUGCCACAGAGGGCCAUAGAGAGGAGAGUCCCUCUCUGAACUCCAGACGAAGGUUAAACCACUCCCCUGUCAGACGAAGGUCCCGUUCUCCCAGGAGACUAACCAGCAGGUCUCCUCUUGCACACAGAUCUAGGGAGCAUGGCAGGAUGGAGCGCAGACUGCAGGUGCGUUCGGGAUCACAGGAAAGGAGGAAGAGAAGGAGCAGGGAAAGAGAGGACAUGUUUAAGGGCAGUCUGUCUGAAGGAAUGAAGCCUGAAAAGGAGGACUCAGAUGAUGACGUGCUGGAGGAUUAUGACGUUGAUGAAGAGGACGAGGAGGCUUUGAUAGAGCAGCGGAGACUUCAGCGCUUGGCCAUCAUUCAGAAAUAUAAGCCAGUAAAUGAGGACAGUAACAUAUCAGGACUCUCGGAUCACGGCAGUCCUCAGAGUAGCACUCAAAGCAGAUCGCCAUCACCUGAUGACAUUCUCGAGCGUGUGGCUGCUGAUGUCAAAGCCUACGAGCAAGAGAACCUGGACACGUUUGAGGAUAAUGUGAAGGCCAAGCAUAGUCUUGUUUCUCAAGAAAAAAAUGGUGGUAAUCUGAAAAAGCCACCAGCGCCUGAUAUGUUCACAGAGUCAGAUGACAUGUUCACUGCUUACUUUGACAGUGCCAGGUUACGGGCCACAGGCAUUGGCAAGGACUUUAAGGAGAACCCAAGUCUCAGAGAUAACUGGACAGAUGCAGAGGGCUAUUACCGUGUGAACAUUGGCGAGGUGUUGGACAAACGGUACGGGGUGUACGGCUAUACUGGACAGGGUGUCUUCAGUAAUGUGAUCCGAGCCAGAGACUUAGCCCGAGCCAAUCAGGAAGUGGCGGUGAAAAUAAUCCGCAACAAUGAGAUGAUGCAAAAGACAGGCCUCAAAGAGCUGGAGUUUCUGAAGAAACUGAAUGACGCAGAUGCAGAUGAUAAGUUCCACUGUUUACGGCUCUUUAGACACUUUUAUCACAAGCAGCAUCUGUGUCUGGUGUUCGAACCACUCAGCAUGAACCUGCGGGAGGUGUUGAGGAAGUAUGGUAAGGAUGUUGGGCUACACAUCAAGGCUGUGCGUUCGUACAGCCAGCAGCUUUUCCUGGCCCUCAAACUCCUCAAACGCUGCAACAUCCUGCAUGCUGACAUCAAACCCGACAACAUUCUAGUGAACGAAUCCAAGACCAUCCUCAAGUUGUGCGACUUUGGCUCAGCGUCACAUGUGGCUGACAAUGACAUAACACCAUAUCUGGUCAGCCGCUUCUACAGGGCACCUGAGAUCAUCAUCGGAAAGUCAUAUGAUUACGGAAUCGAUAUGUGGUCUGUUGGCUGCACUCUCUAUGAACUAUACACAGGAAAAAUCCUUUUCCCCGGAAAGACAAAUAACCACAUGCUAAAACUUGCCAUGGACCUGAAAGGAAAAUUGCCUAAUAAAAUGAUCAGGAAGGGUCUGUUCAAGGACCAGCACUUUGACCAAAACUCGAACUUUUUGUAUACAGAGAUCGACAAGGUCACUGAGAGGGAAAAGGUCACUGUCAUGAGUACUAUUAACCCAACUAAGGACCUGUCGAUGGACAUGGUGGGUCGCCAGGCGCUACCAGAGGACCAGCGAAAGAAGGUUGUUCAGCUCAAAGAUCUGUUGGACCAGAUUCUGAUCCUGGAUCCUGCCAAGCGGAUCACCAUCAACCAGGCAUUACAGCAUCCUUUUAUCCAGGAGAGGAUAUGAUCGGCAGCAUAUCUCAGAGAUUUAUGAUGGUUUUGUAUCUGCAGAUAUGACUCGGACAACAAAAGACGUUUGCAUAUUUUAUUGCCAUGCUGUUUUAUUUGUAGUACAUUUCAGAGCAGGACACAAUCAAGAUUUACUUUAUUUUAUUAUUAUUGUUAUUAUUAGAUAGGGUGACCAUAUGUCCUCUUUUUGGACCUAAAAAAAUGCGUCCGGCUGGGAUUUCUAAAUCAACCAAUAUGUCCGGGAUUCGGCUUUUACUUUCUACAGUCGCCAUUCAUCGUGUGCAUUUUUGUAUUAAAGCCCUGCGCGGGACUGUUUUCUUAAUCCCCCCCUGCUGAAUUUCUUACCAUUACUGCCUGCUCACGCAAACAUUAUAAUAUUGCAUCAUGUAAUUUUCGCGCAUCAGGGAGCCACUAUCAGUAUG